AGAUGGCGGCCGAAAGUAGCGGAAAGGAAGAUAAAGUUGAAAGUGAAUUUCGGGCAAGUUUCAAGCAGUUUAUUGCAAGCAUCGAGCCUGAGAUAAAACAGAUCAAAUCUCUGGCUGCAGCUGAAGAUUAUCUCAAUCAUUUAGAAGAAACUGAUGAAAAGUUUCAUCGGUAUGAAUUUGUCAAACAAUUGCGACAAAGAAUAAAUGCAACAUUCGUUCCUGUUGUUGCAAAUGAGAUUGAGAAACAGGCUUUAAGUGGAGAAGAUUUUCACAAUGCUGUUCGCAUUAUUAUUGAAGAGUUAUUGGCUUCUAAAGAAUAUGCCACCUUACACCAGUAUAUUAUAGACAGCAUGAAGUGUGUUGUUAAUGAAAUGACUCAGAAUUUUGGUGCUAUGUCAAAGGAGGAAGUAUGGAUGGAUCCUGGCUACAGUGAAUACAGCGGGAAAUAUUUUUCUGUUGAAGCUAUUGAAGAGGAAUCAUCUUUUUCUUCGUCAGGCAAGUUAAGCUACAUGUUUAUGCCCCAUGAAAAGUUGCGAAGUAUUGCACAAAAAUUGGACACUUCACGAUCAAUUGAGACUCGUUACCAGGCUCUUUUGGCGUUGUCUCAAAUUCCUCCUUCAGACGUUGUUACCAGUGAACAUUGGUGUAUCAUUAAGCAAUCAAUUAGUAUUUGUUUGGGAGAUGAACACGAAAAAUAUCUAGUAUGGGCCUCAAAGUUGUGUCGAGGCUGCACAUUAUCAACAGCGGUCACGUUGUACGCGAGGUGUUUACAUAAAAUUUUAAUCGUAUUUUAUUUGUGCGAGCUUAUAAAAGGUGAAGGGUUAGCUGAUCAUCUUGUGGAGAUCUUUAAAGGCAAUCAAUACAGUCAAACACAACUUGAUGAUGGUUUGAAGUUAUCAAGGAAAAAAGACGAAAUGAUGAUAAAGAAAUUCCGGUUGCUGUAUGAAUUUAUGCACGAAAUUCCAUCUUACUGGAUACGAUACCCGGAAAGAUUUGUCGAAGAUAUUUUGGAAAGCGCCAUAUCGCUGCUUAGCCUGGGAAGUAACUAUUUUGAGUUAUCCUCUUUCAAUGCAGUGAUAUCUCCACUGCAUUAUUUGGCUAUAUUGGACCCGAAGGCUUCAUGGUUUAAAAAGUGGAUGCAUGGUUAUUACAGUCGAAAAUUUGUUGUCAAACAGCUAAAACUUCAUCCGCAUUUGGUAAUCGAUGCAAUUCAGCAUUUCAUGGAGUUUGCGUCUAUUAGCAAAAGUUUAUUACUCUUUGAUACGAGUGAUGACAUUGAAAUUGAUGAAGGUGAAGACUUCUACUCCAUGGAAAAGCUUGAUUACGUGUAUUUUGUACAUUCUCUUUGUCUUAUUGGUCGAUUGUUGCUCUAUAAAGAUUCAAGAGAAUUAUUUCCUGUUACUCUGCCGAAUUUUGACGAUGAUAUUUCAACGACUGACGUCGUGGUUGCAUUUAUUGAAAUUAUGUCAGCUACUUAUCCGAAAUACCCAGGCUCAAAUCAUCCUUCAGAACUUGUUGUUACUGUGUUGAAAGAAAUUGCAUCGAACAGCAUCGCCUCUCAGGAACUGUUGUCAAAGGACAUUGUAGCUAAUACUUUUCUGCUGCCUCUUCAGAAAUAUCUUGAAGAAAUUACGGAUGAGGAAGGAGAAUUCGAAGAGUCCAACAGAUUUACACUCUUAAACAUAGCUGAUGUCCUUGCGUGUUUAGCUGCUUCAGAUUGUGGAAGGAGGCUUUUGUUGUAUGGCGAAAAUCAUGAAAGAUGGCGACGAAAUAGGUUUGCACCAGCACACGUAAUCAUUGAAUUCACAAAAAAAUCUCUCACUGACAAUCUACGUGGUAAUGUUAUGUUAUCCCCAGCAUCGGUCACCGCUUUUCUUUUCGUCUGUCGGCAACUGUACAAUAGCUGUGAAGGUCUUCUUCUUGUCAGUCACUAUGGCCUCCAUCAAUGCAUUGCUAAUGCGUUAACUUUGCCGCCCAAUUUUGUUCCUGAUUAUCAAGAAAAUUUCGAGGAAAAUAGAAUACUCUCAAAAGCUCUCAUAGAUAACCUUCUAAACUUUGCUGGAACACCAAAGGGUGUAUUGCUGUUGCAACAAUCUGGUGCAAUGACUGAAUGUGUUUAUUAUAUGUACGAAAGAUAUAGACAAAAGUUACAGGUUAGUAAAUGCGAGAAAUUUGGCUACGGUGUUAUGGUGACGCAAAUUUCAGCAACUUGCCCUGGUGUUAUAGCUCUUAGGAAUUCAGGAUACAUAGAAAGUCUCCUUCGUGACUUAUGGUUUUGUUUGGAAGGAGGGGAAGAUGACAAUAAGAUACUUUCGCCUAGAAUGAAGGAAAAUACCAUCGAGAAGACUUUGCAUAAGGUGAUGUCAAACUUGCUCAACGUUCUGUCAUCAUUCCCAGCUGUUUAUGAACUUUUUACUGAUCAACCUUCAUCUAAUCUUUCACCGGACAAUCUAUCAACACGCAUCGACAGAUAUCCGUACCCAACAUCAAUUGUGGAGAUAAUUGAUUGGCUCGCACUCAUCGAUUCCGAACGAAAAGUGAAGCUUUUGUUGAAUUAUGAUGACGCGCAUAUAUUUGGUUUAAAAUUAUUAAACAACAUGUGUUCUUCAUUGGAUUCCUUCCUGCUUCUUCAAACCCAAUACAACGUGCAAGAAGUCUUGCUUCAGCUCCAAGCACAAAGUAUUCUGAGUAACAGUUCAAACUUCGUUAUUGAUGCAUUGUCAAUGGCACGUAAUAAUAUUCUUGUGAGAACAUACUUUGUUGGUGGACCAAAUGAAAGAAAUUUACCUCCAGAAAGUUUAUCAAAUGACUCCAGUGAAUUUAGCACAAUUCCAAUGUUCUCUCAUUAUCCUCCACCAUCGAAGUAUUUUCACGGUGAAUUAUCAACCAAAUCAAAUAUUCAAGAUGAUGAUGACGUUUUUCAAUAUUUUGACUGGAAAGAUCUGCAUCUCAGCAAGGAAGGGCUGUCCAAAUGUCAUGAAAUAGUUUCUGAACUUCUGUAUAAACGCAAGAGCGUCAGAGGAGCAGUAAUAGGUCGAUUGUUGGAAAAACUUGUUGUAAUUCAAUCUGAAAAUCCUGAAGAAGCUAUAUUUCCUCUUAUUGACUUCUCAGGUAGUGAGACUAUUCUGAAAGAUGUAACUUUGUCAAAUAUUCAAAUUCUUGGGACGAAGCUGGUCACUCGAUAUGGCAGUCAUUUAAAGUUGCUUAACGCGAACACCGAGAGUGAUCAAAGUCUGAUUUUUCUUUUAAAGAAAGUGAAAUGCUUUUUGCAAGGACAGCAACAUAGAACAUUUGAAUCUGAUAUCAAUUUUUUGAGUGGUUCCUAUCCUGGUUUUGAUUGGUUUGCUUCAACGAUUUUCCUAAUUAUGUCUGGUGACGGUGAGAGAUGUUGGAAUUUCCUUUACAAAUUUUCAGCUCUUGUUUCAUCCGUCUACCUCUGGACUCCAAGGCUACACGUUUCUGUUCAUCUUCCUGCAUCAUUAAUGGCCAGUGGCAUACCCCCAAUAUAUUCGUCUGUUUGUCACAAUAUUGAGUUGGUGUUACAGGCUGAUGUUCCUCUGGUGUUUUCUGCUUUCAGGAUUUCAGGCUAUACUCCAUCUCAAAUUUGCCAACACUGGUUGACUCAAUGCUUUUGGAACUAUUUGGAUUGGGAAGAUAUUUGUGCUUACAUAAUCAUUUGUUUGGCAAUCGGGAUUGAUUAUCAGGUAUACUUGUGUGUUGCCAUCCUGCGUCAUUUGGAGAGAAUUCUCCUUGAAACACAGCGAAUAAGUUUGGUGUUCUUUUUGAAGGAACGUCCCAUCAUCGGGUUCAAAGUCUCCGAUUAUAUGGACUAUAUGACCGAUCUGGAAAACCGCUAUCGCUCCAUAAUUUUAAAAGAUUUACAAAACAUCACAAAGGCUUAAUGGUGUUUGACUAGUGAUAUGCAGUGGCAUGCAGUGACGUAGUCAGCUCGCAAGUUUGUUCAUGCUUUGUAAAUAGUUCUCUGUUCUGUCACUAUGAAUUGUAAAAAAUAAAUAAUAGUGCAUAGCAUGACUAAACUUGCUACCGACUUCAUGAAUGUGAUCGAUGGCAGUAAGCUGCGACAUAUGCAAGUUUUGCUUUUGUAAUAAUCCUUCUAUUUGAUCUUUUAAUUGACAAACCAAAAGGGUUUUACAUUUAUAAAUAAUAAGGAGAGGAAGUUUAUUAAAAAACUGCACACUACCUAUGCAAAAGAAAAAGUUGAAGGUUUCUAAACAUGUUGUACCAUAUAUAAAUAUUUUUUAAGACUUAUUCUGUAAAUUUUGUUCAUAAUACUUUUCAUGUAAACUACUGUAAAUUAUUUAUACGUCUACUUUUCUUUUGAAAAUUUCACCUUUUUUCAUUGUUUGUAUAUUAAUUAAAUUUUUAUUUUUCCAAAUGCUUUUCUUUGUAUUAUAAAAGACGUUCCUUACAGUCGUACUGUUCGUAGCUUGCAAUAAUAUUGACAUGUACUUAACACUGUGAACAACAAUGUUGACAUUUACCUCUGUUUACAACAAUUAAACUGUUCGAAAUAUCGCUAAAAAGGCAAAUGAAAGCAUUUGGAAAAUCCCGUUUUUAGCUUGAUCAAAUUAAUAAAUGUAUAUUGAAACAA